AGAAACAGAAAGAAAAGAAUUAAAUAGUUUUCGGUACACAAAAUUUAUGGAUGUGGAGCUGAGGGAAAUUUUUUUCUCUGAUGGGUCAUGAUUUCAUUUUUUUUCCCACAGGUGCAAGUUUGUACUACUGUUGGCCUGUUGGUUUUACUACUCUUUUGCUUCAGAGAAAAAAAGUUGUGGUACAAAUACCUCAUCAGGUUUUGGGAAUCUAAUGCUCAGGAUCACCAAAGAGUUGAAGAAUUCUUAAAGAACUACGGAUCAUACAGUCCAAACAGAUACAAUUAUACAGACAUCAAAAGAAUCACCGGUCGCGUCAGAAACAAACUAGGCCAUGGAGGAUUUGGUAAUGUAUACAGAGGAAGUUUGCGUAACGGGAAUGAAGUAGCAGUAAAGGUCCUGAAUGAACUAAAAGGCAGUGGUGAAGAUUUCAUUAACGAAGUGGCAAGUAUUAGCAGAACAUCACAUGUCAACAUUGUGAGCCUUGUGGGAUUUUGUUUUGAGGGUCACAAAAGAGCUCUUGUAUAUGAGUUCAUGCCAAAUGGGUCUCUUGAAAAGUUUAUCUAUGAGGAAAGAUCCGACAGUGUUCGCCAAUUAGGUUGGCCAAUCUUGUACAAAAUUGCACUAGGCAUUGCUCGAGGAUUGGAGUACUUGCAUCGUGGUUGUACCACUCGUAUUUUGCAUUUUGAUAUAAAGCCUCAUAAUAUCCUACUUGAUGACAACUUUUGUCCUAAAAUCUCUGAUUUUGGUCUUGCCAAAUUGUGCAUGAAACAGGAGAGUAUUGUGUCAAUGUUAGGUCCACGAGGGACUAUCGGUUAUAUUGCUCCAGAAAUUGUUUGUAGAAACUUGGGAGGUGUCUCUCACAAGUCUGACGUCUAUAGCUAUGGAAUGAUGGUCCUAGAGAUGGUUGGAGGAAGAAAAAAUGUUGAUGUUGGAGUUGAUCGUACGAGUGAAAUCUACUUUCCACAUUGGCUCUAUCGACGAAUUGAACUAGACGAAGAGCUUCAACUAAUCGGGAUAAUGAAUGAAGAGGAGAAUGAAUGUGCAAGAAAGAUGGUGAUAGCAAGUUUGUGGUGCAUACAGACUGAUCCCGCAAAUCGACCAUCGAUGAGCAAGGUUGUGGAAAUGUUAGAAGGGAAACUAGACUCUUUGCAAAUGCCUCCCAAGCCUUAUCUAUAUUCUCCCUCAAGAUCAGAGGCAGAUUCAUCAAUAAUAGAACUGACAACAACAACGUACCCAGUAUAGUCCCACAAGUGGGGUGUGACUUCAUUUCUUUGUUGUGUGUUUUAUUGAACAUUGGCAUCAGAGCAUACUAUAUAGGUUCUGUCAAACGAAAAGUGUUAUCAGGUACCUCUUUCAUAGUGGUUUUCAGAUUGUAUGAGACAUUGAAUGUGCACAAGAACUACUUAUUUUGUAUAGGGACAAGGCAUAAGAACCGUCUAGACUAUGAUCGAAAUUCCAGAGACACGCCUUAACUAAACU